AUCUUUUAUGAGACAAACUCUGCAGCUUCUUUCCAUGUAGUCCAAGUGAUGAAGAGCCGUUUCUGCGUUUUCUUUUUCUGAGGGUGCCGCGCGGAUGUAGGGCUAAGCACAGAAAAAGCCAAGCAAACAAAAGGCAUCCAGCCCCCCCCCCCUCUGACGCACCUGGCUGCCCUGUCGCCACUUGACAUGACAGCGCAGAGCCGGGAGCAGAGCAGCAGGACCAAGGGGCACCGACGUGCAGCCGGACGUGUGGACUCGACCUGGACCAGAGGAGCCUCCGGACGCACGGCGGACACGCAGCAGCAGCCUAUAGGGGAGGCCAGAUUGCAGUUUCUGGGGACGAGCGCCAAGGGCAGUGCGGCAGUCAGCAGGCAGACCGGGGGGAGGAGGAGGAGGCUGCGGAGAUCUGGGAUACUUCCCCUCCUCACAGUCCCCACUGCGCUCCCACCUCCAGCCAUAGCAUCCCGAAAAUAUGAUGGUGGAUGCUCCUCAUAGGUGACUAGUGUGUUCCUUUACAGCAUUUUCUCUCCUUUUUUUUCCUCCCCCCCCCCCCCCCUCCCAACCAAUCAGCGAUGAUGGGCAAUUAAUUAAAAGAUAAAUCUGCUCUUCAGGCAAGGGUGGAAACCGGAGGGGACUGAUGUGCAUACUGGCCAGGUAUCAUUUGCUCCCUUCUUCUCUGGUUUUGCUCAUCUUGCUCGUCGCCUGCACUAUGGGCUGUAUUCAGAGCAUCGCAUGCAAGCCCCGCAUCAGACGGGAGAACAUUGUGGUGUAUGAAGUGUCAGCCUCUAUUGACCAGUGUCCCACCAUCAUUGAGGAGAACUCCCCGAUUGUGCUCCGUUACAAGACCCCUUACUUCAGGGCCUCAGCCGGAGUUGUGAUGCCACCAGUGCCCCGCAAUGAAACCUGGGUAGUGGGCUGGAUCCAGGCGUGUACCCAGAUGGAGUUCUACAACACCUAUGGGGAUAUUGGCAUGUCCAGCUGGGAGUUACCAGAGCUACGAGAAGGUCGGGUCAAGGCCAUCAGCGACUCAGACGGCGUCAGUUACCCCUGGUACGGCAACACCACCGAGACUGUCACCCUGACCGGCCCCACAUCCAAACCAUCUCGAUUAACUGUCAGCAUGAAUGACAACUUUUACCCCAGUGUGACCUGGGCUGUGCCCAUCAGCAACAGCAACACACCCAUGUUGACCCACAUCACCAGGGACCAGAGCUUCAUCACCUGGUUGGUGGCCAUGAACUCUGUCACGAAGGAGCGUAUUGUGUUGCAGACGGUGCGGUGGCGCAUGCGAGUGGACAUCGCUGUGGACCCAGAUAUGCCUCUGGGCUCACGGGCCUCGUUGGUGGGACGGCCUUACCAAGAGCAGCCGCACAUCCUCAACUACCAGGAGCCAAUUCCUCCCAAUGCACUAGGGAGGCCGAACGCCAACGACGCCCAAGUGCUAAUGUGGAGGCCACGGAGAGGUGCACCGUUAGUAGUCAUACCGCCAAAGUAAAAGGGUUUGGGCGAUGCACAGAAAGAUGAAAGUAUCAAAGCUUCUUCUUGGAGAAAAAGGGGGGAUGUACUAAAGUAUGAAGGUAAUGAAGUGAAGAAGCAAGAACUGAUGGUUUCCCUGUGGCCGAGAAGCUGAAAGUGGAACAUUUUUACGAGCCGGAGUGGAUUUUACAUCCAGGAUCUGACACAAGUAACAGAAGUCUACAAUGAACUACUGUCAAGGGUCUCAUGUUGGACCCCCGACAAGUUUGAGACUGCAUUCAAGAGUUCUACCUGCCUUUUAGAGAAGAACGGACACUGUUUUUAGACGUACCACAGAGGUAUUAGACCACAAUGAGAACUAUAUCCUGCAUCCUUAUGUAGAUCUUAUUGCAUGAGAGAGCAAGAGACACUCCUGUCCUUGAGAAGUGUAAGAACAGCAUUUCUUUUGUAUAACUUGAUACCUGAAGACGUUUUGAUUGAGAUCAGCCAAAAACUCCUGCGGGCUGAAAAAAACCUCGUCAGUGCCAAUAAAGGCCUUCAGCACACUCAAUGAGUAAAAGGAUAUAUUCAGAAAAUGUAAGAGAUAAAAAAAAAAACAUAUAAUAGAAAUCUUUUUAGGUUUAAGAUUUAACUCAUGCAUCGACCAGAUUGUAUUAAGAGCACCCACUUGGUAUAAAAGUCUGGAAGAACAACAAAUCUGCUGUAGUUUUCACUGGAGUUUUGCUAAUACACCAAACUUAAGCAGCAAAAUGUUUUAAACUCACUCUAGCCUCUGUAGUGCAGCUGAUAUUGUAUUCAGACGGCUGAGAAACUAUCAGAGAGAUGGGCUGGACUUGUUACCACAGUGAAUAAAUGUUGUCAGCUAUGCUUUCAA